AUGAACCCGGAAGAUCAAGACAAGCAUCUCCCAACACUGGCCCCGGGUCCCCGAGGCCCCGUUUUGCACCCGGGGGCACCCUGCUCAGGACGUCCGCCACCUUGCAAAGCAUGUCAGAAUACCGAAGCCGAAUGUGUUUUUGACGAGACCCUCGACUUAAGACGCAAAGUCGCCGCGAAACGCACCCUCGGGGAGCUGGAAUAUUGUCGAGGACUGCUGAACUCUUUGCUGAAGUCACUCAGAUCACCGGAUGAGGAGAAAGUCCAGUUUAUAUUGAAAACGAUCCGGCAGACCCCUUCUCUGAACGACGUUGCCACUGCCGUAGAUGCACCGACUGUCGACAUGAUCGAUGCCACAUCGGAUAACGUUAAAGGCGGGAAUAACGCAGAGGAUGUCGCUCCUCAUCACGGUGUUUAUGCAGGUGUUUCGAGGGUAACUCUAGAGAGGCUCUGUGAUAGUCCGGUGUUCCGAGUACCAGCGAAACCCUGGACAAGGGUCACCGAGGAUAACGACCUCGUUUCACAUUUGAUCUCUUUAUACUUCACAUGGGACCACCCGCUGUCCCAACUCAUUGACCAAAGGAUGUUCAUUGAGCACAUGAGAAAGGGGGACACAAACUCAGCGUUCUGCAGCCCCCUGCUCGUAAAUAGCGUUCUCGCAAUGGGCAGCGCAUAUUCUGAUUUCCCUGAACUCUUUUCCUGCCCUGGAGACCUAAGUUCAAAAGGUAAACAUUUUUUUACAGAGGCAGAGAGAUUAUGGGAGGCCGAAGACGGCCAUGCGUCAUUAUCCAAUAUCCAGGCUAUCGCUAUUAUGAGCUGUGUUUUGAGUUUUCAGGCGAAGAAAACAAGUUGGUUAAUGCUGAGACAAGCUGUGCAGCUUGCGCAAGAUAUUGGAAUGUUCCAAACCCCAAGGUCGGGCCACCAGGAGUGGAAGAAAACGCACAUGGAGGUGCAGUAUGCCGGGGUGAUAACUGCUUGGGGGAUAUUUGCCCUGAAUUCCCAGGUCUCCUUGGAAUCCGGAAAGACCGCAAACCUUGCGCGCCCCAGAUUCAAGCCGUUCACAAAGAACAAGCUCGACGAUGAGUUAGAUUGGAAACCGUAUCCUCGGAUGAACCAGGCAGAUGAUGCUGCGAAGCCAGCUUUUCUCGCCUCGGUCAUGGUUCACACCACAGAUCUGAGUGAGAUUGUUGCGGACAUCCAAGAUUUGUUAUAUGAGAAGGCGCUCGAGUUUAGAAUGGAGGAUGUUUGGGUAGCGGCGAACAAUUUAUACACUCGGUUGGCGACGUGGUUGGAACGACUGCCAGAUGUUUUGCAAGUUGACGAGGACCAAAUCCCGCACAUUCUGUAUCUUCAUAUAAAAUGCUACUAUACCACCAUCUACCUGUUCGGGUUCUUCCUCGAGCACGAAGGUGGGAGAGUAUUACAACCGGCCCAAAUCGAACAGGCCAGAUUGGCUCGGCUGCAGUCAGCGAACCUUAUUGCGCAAAGCCUUCGCAUUCAUCACGAGGCCUACGGGCUUCGACAUGUGCCUAGACAGAUGCUUGGGCCCACCAACCAGAGUGCCCUGGUCUUGCUCAUUGCUUUGGAGGAUGAAGAGCUCAAAGAAUCUUUCAUCGAACUGUGCCGGUUCUUAGUCGCCUUCAGCAAGAGGUUCUCCCAGGCUCAAGUCAUGAUUCACAAUAUCGAAAAAAGGGCAGAGCAAUUGAGAAUCCCAUUGCCCCCUGAGGCCAUUGCAGUGCUCGAUCACAAGGGAUUAGAGUCUUCGCAAUGGCUUUGA